CAGAGCACUGUCGCAGGCCACGGCAAAGACAGACAAACAGACAAACAAACAGAUACCUCACACCAGUCCUCGGAAAGUGUCAAGUAUUGCGCGGUCGUUAAAAACGAAAACAAGAAAUCAGAAUGUCAAGAUGUAAACAUAUUAUUACGUUUAGCUCUUAUUUUACGUUUCAUUCCUGUUUUGGUUUAAAUAAAACUAAAUGUUGCAGCAUUUAAGAUGCCAUGGUACUUCCCCUGGUCUGAUUCGAUCAAGAAACGGGCUUGUAGAUAUCUAUUACAACAUUAUGUCGGGCAAUUUCUACAGGAAAAGUUGACGUUAGAUCAACUCAGUGUCGACCUCUUCAAUGGAAAAGGCAUUGUAAAAGAUGUCCCUUUGGAUGUAUUGGUAGGUAAACUCAAGAAUAGUAUGCCAUGAAUAAUAUUGUAAUUUUUUGUUUAUUUUUAUGCACACCGUAUUUCAAAACAUAAAAUUGGUUUGUGUAAUAUAAAUUUGGGCUUACGUGUAUGUUAUAAAAUGUUAUCAUUAUUCUAUUUAUAACAUUUUGUCCUUUCAUUCACUUUUCAGCUGAUUCAUGCUUACAUGUAUAAAAAAUAUGAUAUGUUUCAUGAGUGAGCUCGAAGGGUUCCCUGCCAUUGUGGAAAGUUUGUAUAUUCGCACAACCAAGAUAUCGGAGGCACAAUUUUGAUGUUUUCUAUAUAUUUUAUAGUAUUAAAUUUUUGAAGUAUCAGCUGCCCAAUUUUCAAACUAUCCAGCCAGGGUUCCCUGGUUCCAGUCCAGGGUGCAUACCAUACACUUCACGCCAGAUAUCUCUGGCAAUGACAUGAGGUUACAAAAUUUGUUGGUGUAUUGGUACACAAAGUCGUUAGUAAAUUGGUGUGAGGGAGCAAUUAGAGCAUGACAAUUACACUAAUGUACAUUUGCAGGCUAUAUUAAUUACAUCAUAGCUAUUGUACAUGUUUAUUUGUUAAACCAGUUUGGCACGUUUUUACAAAUAACCAAUAUCACAUGCAAAGUUCCGAUUCUCAAAUACCAAGUAUGGAACUGAGAUUCACAAACAAUUUGACCAGAGACUCUAUUGCCUCGUGUUUAUUUUGCCUUCCAAUCUUUAAGAGCUUCUGGAACCAGGAUACUCAGAGGCUAUUGUAUAUGAAUGUUGUAGUGGUGCACCGAAUGGAUAUGGAAAUUCACCGAUAACCUAUAUUGAAGGACCGAUAUUUUGCAGAUACCGAUAUUUCAUGUCAUUUCCCAAAAUUCAGAUGAUAUCAUGACAGUUCUACUUUUACUUUAAUUCAUUUAAUACUUUUGAAUUGAAUUCAAUUAAUUUGUUUCUAAAUACUGAAAAUAUCAAUUGAAAUGAAAUGCUGCAAAUGCAAUUUGAAACAAACUAGACAAUAGUAUAUUACUGCGCUAGUGACUGUUUAUUUGUAAUAAAAAUAACUACUGAACUGCAACUAUAACCAAUCAUUAAUAUUUAAUAACAGUUUGUAAUAUCAUUCAGUAAUAUCAACAACAAAAUUCAGCUGACACCGCUAUUUCUAUUUUAUACUGAUAAGCCAAUACUGAUGCACCAAUAUGAAUAUCGGUGUAUCACUAGAAUGUUGCCCCAUUAAAUUCAAUAAUUCAUCCCAAGUUUCAAUUCAGUUACAGUACAAACAUUUUUGAGAUUACCCCCCAAGUUAAACUUCCCAGAAAAAGUACUGUAUAUGCAUGUUUCCAACAAAAACAUAAAUGGGAAACAAAAUGUCGAUUCUGGAACCAGCGAGCUACUCUGCCUACUCAUCCAUUGCAUAUUUUCCACCAGUGCAAUGAGUAAUGAAUGUUGUACUGUACACCAGUUGAUUUUGGAUUCCAAACUGUGAAUGAUUUGUAUGCCAACAGGAUAUUACAAAAUUUCCAAUAUUGGUCUCCCAAAGCUUCGAAUACUACGAGUCUGCUGCCUUCUUGAAAAUAACCAGGCUACAGUAUGAUUUUUAACUUGGUGGUCUACAGUAGUUGUUGACUGUUGAGUUUCUAACAAUGAGAGACAUGUACUGUAAACUUACUGUACUUUGAUGGUUCACAGAUGCCAAAAUACAUAACCAGUAACCAGUAUCCCAGAAGUGGGAUACAGUUUUCUCAGAUGGGAAUCCAGGGCCAUGCCACCUGGGGGGUGGGUGUAACACCCCCCCCCAAAGAAAAGUAAAAAAGGGGGCCCAAAUUGCGGAGAGGGGGCCCUGGAAAGUGGAACGUGUUAAAUAUUAAAUAAGUAAUUUUCUGGAAAAUUGGUCUAAAAAGGUCUUCAAAACUAAAUUUAAGCCCCCAUUAUGUAAACCUAGUGUUUGAAAAAAUUUUGGGGGCCUCCUCCCCCUCCCCAGUAUUUUCCGGAAAAAUUCUUUGGUUUCUGGAAAAAAAUUUUUUGACCGGGCCCCAAAUGGGAGGCUGGGGCCCAAAUUUUUUAUUUCACCCCCCCAACCAAAAACCACUUGGCAUGGCCCUGCAUGGGAAGUUUGAAUCCUGACAUUUCAGUCCUGAAAAAUAUUUUAUAUUUCAGACCCUAGCUGUUUACAGUACACAGACUAUAUAUACUAAUUGUACUGGGUUUUCAUGAUGACCUCUGAGACAAAGAUCUCACUGUUUAGGCAUUAAAUGAAUUGCUUGAAGGAGCAAAUGUUCCUCUGGAAAUCCUUGAUGGUUUCAUUCACACCAUUGCUGUCUCCGUGCCAUGGAGCUCGCUCAUGCAAGAAAAUUGUGAAGUUGAAGUGCAGGGGCUUGAGAUUGUUGUUGCAAUAAAGAAAAAUGUGGACUUGGGUGAGUAAAUUAACCACAUAUAUUGGUGUGCGUCACAAACCAAAACUAAAUAUAAUUAUAAAUUUUGCCAUACAACAUGGCUGCAGAAUUACUGUACGUUAGGGAAUCAUGGAACGACACUACAGAUAAUGAUGUCACAAGGCUUGAUGCCCAUGAGGAAUGCUGGUCUUAGUAGUUAUUUUGAAUUGUUUAAUUUUCCCGGGCAAUGACUAGGGUUGGGCGAUAUUAAAAAAAUUAUCUCACGAUUAUUGUCAAGGAAAUUAUCACGAUAUUCGAUAAUAUCGCGAUAAAUGCAAUGACCACAUUUUUCAAUUUUAAUUAAUAUCAAAGCAUAGUAAGCUUAUCUAUAAUCUUAUUAAAAAACAAGUAAAAACAACAAAUUAAAGUAAUAUGAAGGCUUUUUCUAUAGUCUAAUAUUUACUGUUCAUAAACCAGAACUAUAUAUGCAUUAUCUACUAUGUCUCCGCUGGCACAAAUGCUGUGUGCACACAGCUCACAUUGUUCAGUGGAUUAAUACAUAAAUAUUACAGUAGCUUUUGUGGCGCAUUAAAUUCGUAUUUCAUUCAGAAAAUAGUUUUAAUUCUUUUAAAAACUAUAUUUUGUAGGAACUGAAAGAAUUUUUUAGGAUUUUAUGUACACAUGCGAAGCAAUAUCACGAUAGUCUUCAACCAUGACGAUAAUUUCGAUAUAUCGUUGCUCAAGUUUCUACCUUCGAUACGAUAAUUGAGAUUGAAAAUAUCGCGAUAAAUCAAAAUAUCGAAAUAUCGCCCAACCCUAGCGAUGACUACUAAAACCAGCAUUCCUUGUGGGCAUCAAGCCUUGUGACGUCAUUAUGCAUGAGGUCUAUUAGUCUAAGGGGCAAACUCCAAAUUCAAUUAAUACAAUAACUUCAAAAAAUUAGUUGAAUUUAGAAUUCUGAAGUUACAACUCCAAAAAUCAUGUGGACAGUGGCGUGCUGGGUACUAUUUUUCGGGGGGGGGAGUGAGCUGUCGAUCAAUAAGCGCCCCUGUAAUGUUACGCUUGAUAAACGAGGGCCGAAGGCCGAAGGCACAAGCCGAGCGUCUAUAAUGGGAAUUGUCUAUUGGGACCAAUUUUUUUCAUCUAGCGACCAGAUAUUUGUUAAUGGUAGCAGCCCAAUUGUGGCGACUGAGAAAAAACCCUAAAAUAUCUUAAUGAGCAAGCAUUUCAUUCUGUUUGCAUAAAAUUGCCAACAUAUUAAUUAAACAACUGUUUGUUAUGUUUCUAUAUGUACAAAGAGAAUAGGGUGACCUGAUAUUACAUGCAAAUUUGGUGACCACAUCUUAUUCAUGUAAAUAAAAUCUGCAGGCAUGCCAUACAAACCUAUAUACUAUACUGUUGAAUAGUGAUUGACCGAUAGUCGGUAUCGGCAUCGGGCUGAUUUUUCCCUUAUCGGUAGACAAUUGGAAUCGGUACAUUAACUAUUUUUCCGAUUGUCUGAAACCGAUUGUUAGGAAAUACCCACUUUAAAAAUUAUUUGCAUUGCACGUUCAUACACCUUGCGUUUUAACACAGUAUGUUAAACUAAUGUGUGAAGUGUGCCAUUUAUUAACGGUUUUCACGAUCAUUGGUUGCAGCAACAUGUUACUGUACGUUGGAAAUUAUCGUUAAAAAAUCGACAUGAAUGAUGUUACCUUUACUCAGUCGACUGAUAUUAUGACGUCAUUAUGAUCAGUAAUUCCCGAUUGUUGCACUAUCGGUCAAUCACUACUGUAGAAGUAAGGGACCGGUCAUUAUUUAUAGUGGGGGGUGGCACCGAAGAGAAAUGUUUUUUGUGGCAAAAAUUUUGCUGACCAAACCAUUAAAAAGACAAAAAUUUGAUUACCCAACCUCAAAUAUCAAUUAAUUAAAAAAUAAUUACCCACCCUGGCCAAAAACGUUACAAAAAGAUACCAUUCAGUUGUCACACAUGUCCUUUACCACUUCUGUGACAUGAGUUUGAUAACGGCUUGUGAACUGUUCUGCAGUCUAAAGUUUCAUGUUGUCUGCACAUGUACUUUCUUUGGAAACACCAUUUGUUUUGUCAAAAUGAUCAAGAUAGUGACUCUGAUUGAUUCAUAUAUUGUAUUGACAAAUGACUGUUGACAUUGCUUUUCAGUCAACAAUAUUUUGAGAGUGAGUCAUGUUUUUGAAAUGACAAUAAAUUUUUAUUACCCAACCCUUGAGUUGUUUUGUUUUUCAUUUACCAAACCUUCUACUUACUCAAAAUUUUGUUUACCCAACCUUUUUCUCUUCGGUGCCACCCCCCACCAUAAAUAAUGACCGGUCCCUAAUUAUUAUGUACAUUUUCAGGUGGUAGUGUUACUUCAGAGUCAUUGCCAUUUAGUUCUAUGACAACAAGCUUACAGCUUGCUCAGGAAUGUUUGAAAGACAAUGAACCAAAUGAAAAAGAAACAACGUCACAGCAGACAUUUGAUGGUUUGGAAUCAUUUGCUCAGACUAUUGAGUCAGGUACUGUACAGUACUGUGUCAUUAAGUUACUUAGUUAUUUUUAAUUAGUAUAUUCUGUCUAACAUCAGACCGUUUUACUGGUCCAGUUUCUCAGAAACAUCAUUACCCAGUGAAUGCAAUUUGGUCUUCGAAACUGGUAUUGGGUACUGUAUUUAUUAGCCAGGUACUGUCCAAGCAAGGACCAUGUUUUUUGCACGCCCAAAAAUAUAGAUCACAGUUGCUGCACCUACUGUAUUUUUUGAACAACCAAUUUUGAUACCUAGAUAAUUUAAUAAUAGUCACUUAGUUUGCACCAGGUACUGGAAAACUGGCUCAACACAGUCACAUAUCUGAUGCAGAUAUGUGAUUAUUAGAUACUGUUAUAUGUAUCAUGUAUGAUAUGUUAACAUAAACGUAAACAUGAUGCAACGAAGUACUGUAAAUGCAUAUCGUAUGUGAUUUUAUUAAAGAACGUAAUUAUUAAUGUACUAUGUACAAUGAUGCACCUUGCAGAAUAAGAAUGCGUUUAUUUUUUCCAGUUUUGUCAAGAAUAAAGGUGAGUUUUGAAGAUGUACUGAUCCGUUUCGAACACUUGUUUCCUCACAAGAAAUCUGGUGUUGGACUGGAACUUCACAUAAAGAGGUAGGUAAAGUCGUCGAAUUUUUUCCGCAGUAUACACCUGUACGUAUAGCAGAAACUACAUACUUAACGGCAUCACAGGUAGCCGAGUGUUUGAGAUUCUCUUAAUGAUGAAGUGUAACGGCUUUUAAGUGUCUUGUCUUGAAAGUUGAAUAUUAACCCUUUAAACAUGGCCUCAUUUUGAGUGGGGAGGUGCGCACCUCCUCUGAGAUCGUUUUGCACCUCCCCUGAGAAUUUUUGCACCUCCCCUGAAAAAUCAUGCACCUCCCAUUUGGAAAGUUUCAAUGAUAGAUCAAAGUGAAAAUUUGAAAUUUUUGGUUGCUUAGGGUCUAUAUACUUCGUCAGAAAGUUUUUCUGUAAAAUUGAAAUAGCCAUUCAUCUCGGUCGGUCACGGACAUUGUCCGACCCAUUCGUGAAAUCGUCCGACACCUAAGUGAAACUGAGGUUUAUUGUUUGUCCGACCCAAGUGUAUUGGUGUCCGACCGAACUGUAGCUUUGUCCAACGUAAAUCAAAAUGUACCCUAUCCCAGGACUAUAGAGGCUUGCAUGUUAAAUGGAAAAUCAGAGUACUAUUGUAUAAAAGGUGAACUGCUUAAGUUGUCGAAGUUUUUUUUAACACUGCUGUUCUGGAAAGCAAGUUAAUUUUGGCUUGGAAAUAAGUAUGAAAGAAACAAAUUAUUUAAUAUCUUCACAACAUUUACCGUUCAGAAUUAAUACAUUGUGCUAAUAUUCAUUUGUGACUUAUUUCCGAGUCAAAACUGAACUGAAGGUCGUCGGACAUAUGUCCGACCCAAACUCAACGUCAUCGAACAUUUUGUCAGACGGCCCUGUAAAAGAUAUUUUAAGGCCUGUCAAGUACCCUAUUAACGCAAUGUUUCGAAAGAAACGUAGUAAUUAUAAUGAAGCGUAAAAUUGGAUGAGUUGUACAGUCACAAUUCAUUAAUACACUGAUACAUAUAUGCACACUACAUGCAUACGUCACGUCGUUGACUUUGACCCUUUCUACUGUAAGCCCUAACUUUCCAUGGGGGUCGUGAGCUAAACCGCUGCAAUUCCCCUAAAUUUUUUCCACCUCUCCCACUAUUUCCACCAAAAUCCGGACUUGCCUGUAAGUACUGUAUUAUUUUACUCUGUCUAGCGCCAGACGAUUUUACUUGUCAAGGCGAGAUUGCUGCCACUCAAUGGGUUAAACUUCUGACUGGAAAUCUUUUUCAUUUUGUAGGAUAAAUUAUUCAGACUUGUCAAGCGAUGUUUCGGAAGGUGACCAAUCAAAUUUCGACGUGUAUGACCCGCCAUCUCUUGCUAAUAAACAACUGCGAAUUUUUGGAUUGAAGUUAAGUUUGGAUGAAUUUAAUGAAACCUCUCGGACUUUACUCAGGAAUACUCCGUUUAAAUUUGAGCCGACAUCUUCGCCUGAGAGUGUGACGUCAUCACCACCCGUGUCGCCGUAUCAGAGUGCAAUAUUUAAUCAGAGUUUGAUGUUAAAUCAUCUGAGCCCACCAUCAUUGUUGCCAGCGGUGGUCGUGUUGUCAAGUGCUGGGGAACAAGAAGCCAACGUGAAAUGGAAAAUCAAUCCAUCUUAUUCAGCUCCUAAGGUACAGUACAAACGGCCAAGUUCUGUAAAUGGGUAAAUUGAAACGAAUCCAACAAGAUAUAUGGCGUACAGUAUUUUGUAUUAUAUAUUUGCGCCUAAAUACCGGAAUGCGAAUGGCACCUUCCACUUUAUUUAUAUAGUUACAGGUACAGUAAACUACGUGAAGAGUUCCUCUUGAGUUUCCAAAUUGAUUGCAAUUUUUCUCAUUACCUUUGCAAUUAAAAAACUCCCUUGCAAUGUUGGGAAUUUGCAAUGUUGCUAAAAGCCGAUUAAAUUUUCCUCAGUUCCUGUUUGAAGUUCUUAACUUCCUGUUACAAGUUCCUAAACUUCCUGUUCUGUUCUAUGCGUUGCAAUUGGCCAACAAAAAUAAUCCACCAAUGACAACGCUCGGAACAGAACAGGAAGUCAGGAAAUUAAAACAGGAAGUUAGGGAAAUUUAAAAUGAAGUUUUGUUUGCAUUGGAAUAUUGCAACAGCCGAUAGGAACAUUGCAAAUUCCCUCAAGGGAUUUGCAAGGAGUUUUUCAAAUUUGCAAAGCUAAUGAGGAAAAUUCCAAAUGAGUUACUGUAGGAAGUGAAAAGAGGAACGCUUCACGUAGUUUACCUCUAAAGUUGAAUUUUUAUGAACUCAUGAUCCCAACCCCAAACCCUUCUCUAACCCUCUAACCCUAACCAGUAAAAGUCUAAUAAACAAUUUGAGAAUUAAAAGAAAGUCGGGAAAAAAAGUUUAAAAAAAUUGAGUCAGACAAAAAAAAUCGGACCUACUUUCGAAAACAAAUCGAUCCGGACCUCAUUUAACUUCGCACGCACGCAACGCGUUUACCGAUUACGCUAUCGAAAAGCUUGUUUAUGUCGUUUCUUACGACACAAAUAGGAGGAAAUUCUGUCUGCUAUACAGUUCGGAGCUUCGGUGGCGAAGUGGUUAGCGCACUUGCCUUUCACUUCUAAGGCCGCAGGUUCGAAUCUCAGUGAGAACUUCUCAAUGUGACUCGAACCCAGGCCUCAUGUGAAAAGAGUAAAAGUCAACGCUCUGCCGAAAGUCGUGGGUUUUCUCCGGGUACUCCGUGUUUCCUCCCAUAGGGAAAGUUGACAUGGGUGGGUUAGGCACAUAGGUUUCCAGAGGACCACGGAGUCAUCAGUAUUCGUACUGUCAAGUGUCAUCCUCUAUAAAUAAAGUCUCUCUCUAAGGCAGCAACAACAUUGUGGAAUAUAACAAUUUCGCUUGGCUCUGAGCCUCUGACAAAUGUCCGACCAACAGUUGCUUUGACAUUGGCUGAAAAUGGUCGGCCAGCUUUUCAAUAUUUACAUUGAUAUAUCCUGCUGAUCACUUCCCGCAUGAUCCAUCACAUUACUUAACUUUUGGUAUGCAGUCCCAACAAUCCAUGCAACCGAAACAUUCGUGGUCCCGCGGAUACUGUUUUCAAACUUUCUGCAUGUAUGGUACCAACAAUGGUCUGGAACCAUAAUCUUGUAUUAGCGUGAUUUUGUUGCUUGCCACAGCGAAGCCAUGAAAAUGUUUUGUGUUUUUUCUCUUGCUUUUGUGCUUUUUGAACAGUACUAAUCAAAUAAUAUUUUCUUAAUUAAUUCGAUCGGUCAAAAUUUCCGCGCAGAAUAAAAUUAAUCGGCCAUUCAGUGUUUCUUGUGCGGCUAAUCGUUACAAUCCACACUGACUGCAACAUUCUAUUUUAUAAACCUACAUGGCUUUAUGUAAAUUAUGAAGCCGCGUUCAUUUCAGCCUUGUUUUCCCCAUUUUUUGGGCGCUGAGAUCCUGGCCUAGACCCCUCUACCUUGCCAGAUACAGGAUCUCGCAUAAUUCGGAAGAAUAUCUCCAAUAUAAAUGCAAGCUGGGACUUGUACUAGUUGGCCUACCCUCUCAAUAGAUUUUCUCAACUUUUAAGUUGAGUCUGGUGUGUGUAACAGUGCAGAUCUUAACGUUUUUAUUCUUUAUUUGAAAAUUUAGGUUGAAUUUAAGUAUUUUCUUGGCACACUGAACAUCUUAUUGUCUCCAAAACAACUUCACGUUUUGAUGGAGUUGGUUGAGGACAUUAAUAAACUUCAUAAUGCAGGUAAUUGUGUCGGCGACUCAGGGAAACUGAUACGGGCCAAAAUGCAAGGAAGAUACUUCGAGGUGGAUCUAGCCUCAUCUACAAGGAGGGGUGCAGUGCCCACUUUCCUUAGCAGUCUGCAACGUUACUAUCCCAACAUUACCAUUAUUAGAGAUGGCUGAAUCUGCAUAUUCGCAGUUUGGUUACGUUUUACAUUUUACAGGGCCGGAGCGAGAAAGAGAGUGUUUAUAUGAAUAUUGAUCUAGCACAGUGUAAAUAACACGAGUUCCAUUAUAGUAAAUAAUACAGAAAGAAAUUGAAGGAAAACAAUUAAAGCAAGUCUUGCAUUUUCGGUUCAGUUUUGACCCGAGAUUUUCCAAAGUUGACGAGUCUCUCUUUUUCGCUCCGCAUGUCCGUGCUACAGUACGUCAUGUAAUGUACACUAUAGUCGAUCGAUAAGACAAUAAAAGAGAGACUUGGAGCAAGUCUAGUUGCAACGUAGCUCGAUUAGCAGCCGGCAUUCGGGAAGCUGCCCUGAAUUUGCAACGCAACUCUAGUGAAAGGCAAACUGUGCAUGGACCAGCAACAAGUCAUUCUGUUCACAGUUUUUAUCCGACCCUUCCUUUGUCUCGUUUAAGAUACCUACUUGACUACGAACGAAGGCUUGAUAAACAAACCAAUGAAAGAUGAUGAUUUCCAAAGAAUCGAAAGAGAACUCCAUGAACAAAUGUACAAUGGACGUAAGCAACAAAGUAAAGUAGAUCUGUGGUGCACACAGUUUGACAACAACACUGCUGGUCCAGUGUCUCUCGAAUCACAGAAAACAUUUACAAGCGAGGAAACAUUUUAUUCUCUCUCUGAAAAUGAUGAGGAGAUAUUCAGUGCAGAGUCGGCAGUUAAAACGAAUGUCUAUCCAGCGUAUGGACAAGGUUUGGUACAGAAAGUGUCCGAAGCUGGUAUUGUUCCUCUGGGUAAUGGUUUAUCUGAUGAUGUUCGAAAUGGUAUGUAAAUAUAAUUAUUGCUAUAUAUACAGUAGAUCAGGGAUGGUUCCAGCAUGAUCUGGUAGGGGUGCUCUGCCAGCUCUGGUAUCGAGUUGUGUCGGUCAUCUGUGCCGCACGCCCAUCAACUUGCUUCACUACUGCAAAGUUUGCUUGACUACUACUGUAUCAUGAAUUGUAAUUGUUGUUCACAGUUCGCUUAUCAUCAUGUUAAUACUCAAAUUACUGUAUCUCAUUUUGCCUCUAAUAUUUUUUUUUGCUUUAUCACGAAAAAUAGACCACCCCUGCACUCCCUCUGGCCAGGGCUAGGGGGUGCACCCCACCCCUGCACCCCCUGUAAAUCCAUCCCUGCAGUAGAUGAACGUUUAUUUAACCACACCAUCCAAGUAUGUUCGGGGUUCGUUCGAGUGAGGCCAAAACUGCGGCUGUUUAAAAUAGAUUGUGAAAAACACUUUAAUAAAGGUCUUUAUUGUCUAUGAGUAUCUAAGCUUUCGUCGUCAACGACAUCAUCAGAGAUAUCAUCUCUUCGGUUUUGGCCUCACUCGAACGAACCCCGAACAUACGUAUCUAAUAUGUUGCUGAAGGACAACUUUAAACGCACACCAUCCCAGUCAACCGAAGCUUAUUUCCACUGGAGGCGUUUGGUCGUAUAUACAUUUCUGGGCUUUUGAGGGUUAGAAGUUAGGGAAAUUUUCUCAUGGGAGGACUUCUGACAAUCCCUAAACGAUUUGCCUGUUGACAUGAUACCUGUAAAAGAGUAGAUAUAUGUGAACAUCCCGUGAUCAUCAGUGUAGUGACUGUGAUUUGCCAUGACAGUAGUUACUUGUACAUGCUUUCACCAUCCUUUUCCAGAAAUAUACUGUACCUCGAUAAUGCACACGUCAUUUUACUGUAUGUACAAACACAGACUAUUUUUUCUCGCUCAAAUUGAUGAAUAAUUAAUUCGAGGAGCUACGUCUAUUUUACCGGACGACAAUUUCAUUUUUAGGUAACACACCUCUGACUUCAAAAACCUGCGAAGUCACUACUGAUUCUCAGUGUUCCAUUGUAUUUUUAAUUCUGAUCUCUCUUGGAUAAAGGCGGUUUCCCGUACCGAAACGUAUAAAAUUUAAUGGUUUAGUGAAUGUUGAUGUGCUAAUACUUCCGUAGUACGCCAAAAAGUUGACUUGCGACGAACGUUUCAUUUUGUUACGCGAAUACACCCGGAAGUACAGUACGUGUAUGAAUUUAUCAACCUAUUUUCAAUCUACGCAUGCUCAAUAGUAGGUUCCGGUACCAUAGGGUUGAAGCGGAAAACAAGCCAAAGGAAGCAAUGUUGAAUGAAAUAUAACCCUUUGAAAAGGUUAACCCACUGGUUCCUAUUUACAACUCUAUAGCUUAUAUAAGCAUACACAUUCACAUUAGUUCUUUAGUAAAGUGUCAUCAUUGUUUAUAUCACGCUAGGUCCCUUGGUGUCAAAAUUAUCCAUGCCUAAUCCUGGUCUAGCUGCUGUGUCAGGUCUUGAUGAUGACAAUCUGACAAAAGUACAACUGGAAUUGAGUGGAUUAUCUAUCACCUUACUGCUACAUGAUCCUCCAUCGCACACCGAAAGCAAUGCAUCCCAAGACCAUGUUCUUUGUAAAAUUGCAGACAAGUUCUUUGAUCGAAUGUCGUCCACUGCGUUUGGUAGUAAAGACUUGGAGAUGAUACAAGCGAAAUUCAAUGAUGCUUGUCUUCAAAGUCAUCUUAGGUAAGCGCAAAAUUCGGUAUUUAAUGCAAUACAUCUAGGUUUGAGGUACAAACGUUUAGAAGCUUAUAUUAAAGUUGUACAUGUCAAAUUCGUCCAACAAGGAUUAUAAAGUACAGAACCGUAUUUCCUCUAUUUAGCCCACCUCUUCUAAAGGCCCGUUUACACUUGCAAUUUUUGCUGUGGUUUUAAGUGCUAUUUUCUUUUCCUGAUGAAUGUGAACGAGUGAAUGAGUUAGGAAUGUUUAGAUGAGGGGACAUACACUCAGAACAUUCAUAACUCAUGUACUCGUUCACAUACAUCAGAAGACGAAAAUCUCACUAGAAAUCGCAGCAAAAAUUGCAAGUGUAAACGGGCCUUAAUAAUCUCCCAGUCCAGAAGUGCUGAAAAUGAAAUAAGCCCCACCUUCUAUUUAACCUCGUUCCAGGGCUUUUACGUAUUUGUGGAGGAAAGAUCCUGGUAGGAGCUGGUCACGUGAUCUGCUAAAAUCUAGCAGAUUUCUAAUUAACUAUCUUGGAUUCCUUUAAAAUCAGAUCAAACUUGCAAAACAAAAUGCAAGUUAUAAAUUAAAGUAUGACUAUCAAAUAUUUAUCAACACCAUCUUUAUCAAUUAGAAAUCUGACCAGCUCUUUUCUGGGUCUUUCCUCCACAAGAGGUAAGAGCCUGGGAACGAGGUUACACUCUAUUUAGCCGCCCAUCCCCUAUUUGUUAAAUCAGUCUUAAUAUAGAGUUAUAGUCAAGUACGAACACUAUAUUGAACAUUUUAUAAAGAAUUGUGUUUAAGCAUUAAUUUAAACGUCAGAGUAGUACAUAUGCAGUUAUCUUUUGUUAAUCUCGGCACUCGUCCACCUUUCUAUCUUGAGUAUCAGCAUGGAUAGUUAAAUAAGUCCACUCUCUUUAACCCCCUCGAAUAAGCUCCCAGGCUGGAACUACUGUAAACAAAUAAGUCCCCUGGAGCUGGUUGUUUGAAAGCCGGUUAGUUUAAUCCUAGAUUAAAAGCACAUUUUCCAACAGCUUAUUUAUAAAUUUGGAAAUUUUUUUUUCCAAAAUCUUUUUUGGAUCGAUAGGAUGGAUUUUUUUCCAAAAUCUUUUUUUGGAUUCAGAUGGAUUUUCUAAAGCUUUGCAAUAAACGGACGUGCAGGAAUACACAAACCAAAACAGCAGAUUAAAUUUUAACCCAGGUUUAGCACCUUAGCACACUAAUAUUCUUCGAAGGUGGUAUAAAAAAAAGGCUAGUCAAAGUUAAUAUCGAGAUUUUGUUGGCAUCUCACUCGAUUCAGCAAUCAACAAAAUCUCGAUAUUUACCCAUAUCCUAAAACAUGGCAGUUAACCCUACUAUGUAUAUGCAUGAACUUGUGGUUAGAGCUCGACAACUGGCAUCUGUAGCUCAGUUGGUUAGAGCGCUGCACCGGAAUCGCAGUGCCGCAUGAAGUUCGAUUCCUGCCAGAGUGCCAGGGACCUGAAGUUGUAUUUUUCGCAGCUGUUCCUGAUUAGGUCUAAUAAAUCUAUAUAAAUGGACCAUUUGCAUUAUAGACUAAAUUUUGAUCUGGACAAAAAUUUCAUCACAGCUUGAAAGAGCAUCACCAAAUUAGUAAUAUUCCAAAGUUUCGUUGCGAAAUGUUGUAGAAUGCGGAUAAUAUAGCCUUGCGAAAUUUGCAAUUUUCAGUCAUUUUGCAUUACAAACGGGAAAUUGAUGCCCGAACACCCAAUUGGGCUGUCAAUUUCCCGUACGUAAUACAAAAUGACUGAAAAACGGCAAACUUCGCAUGGCUAUAUUAUCCGCAUUUUACAACAUUUCGCAACGAAACGUUGGAAUAUCACUAAUUUUGUGAUGCUCUUUCAAGCUGUGAUGAAAUUUUUGUCUAGAUCAAAAUUUAGUCUAUAAUGCAAAUGGUCCAUUAACACUCGAUAAUUUUCAUCUACAAGACCCUUCAACUAGUUAAAGUUAACUAUAGUUAGUGCGAAAGUUAAUCAAACUCUCGUAUUAAGAUUUAAAUAACUAAUAUUUAACUACAAAAGUGUGGUUUAUACAACCGGCCCAAUGAAGCUAAAUAGAGGAAAUAGUGUAAUGUAAAAUCGCUGACCAUGACAUAAGGCACUAUUAAUACUUAUAAUUAUACAGUGUACACGUAUUAAGACUUGUUUUAUUUUUAGGUGUUUCUUUACAACAGUGAGCAUAUCUGGUGAACUGUCUAAUACAUCUGCAUGUCAAUGUAUCACGACUGAAGUUUCAGUUGGCAUGGCAAAGUUGAUGGAAUGUUUGGUUGACGACACGAGUAAAGAAACAGUCAAACAUAAUUUAACACAGGUAUAUGGAAGGUAUUGUAGGGGGGGGGGCAUGAAACCAAGGGGGUGUUCCUGUAUCCCUCACCUCCGUCAUGUCCAGUCGAACGUCCCAUAUUGGUGUCCGCUUAUAUACGGGAGUUGUCCGCUUAUGAAAAGUCACUAAUAUGUAAUAAUUGAUUAUCAAUGACCACGCAUUGUAAUACUACAGUGUGUUCUGCUACACCCUAUGGUGUGUCACCCGAAAAAUACUUAGCCUUGGCUAUACAGCCUCGUUUUCGGAAUUCAGAUAUCGCUUUCAGAGCCCUUCAUCUUGUUACUGCUGACACAUUUACUUAGGUCACCAGCAACAAGAUAAAGGUCUCUAUAAGCCGAUGUGAUGGAUUUGAUAAGGAAAUUGCAUACUCCUUUUGAAUCAAUAAAAAAUGGCCGUUAUUGGGACACUAUAUACGAUCAAUAGUGUAGGACAACGACAGGUGAAAAGUUUCGCCUCAACUAAUAUUGUCAACAUUACAUUAAAUUACAUUUACAUUUUUUUACACAUUACAUCUUUUUAUUUUAGGUACUUAGUCUUUCUGGAAAGGAAGAAAAACAGUCUCGCAUGGGUAAUUUUCACAGGGUACCUAUGCCAUGUUUGAAAGCGAAAUACAAGAGUAUACAACGAAGCUGUUCUCCGGUAAGUAAAUCAGCCAAACUAUAGCUAAUAGUAGUUUGCUCACUUGAAUAUAGCAUGGACGCCAUUUAACCCUCCCCUCCCCUUACUCUGUGAACACGUAUUCUGUAAUCAGUGGUGUAACUUGACUAAUUUUGCCACUUGCCAUCGGGGCAAGUUGGCAAUGAAAUUGGUUGCCGGGAAUAAAAUUAACUUGCCAUCAGGUCUAGUUUUGUUCUCAGAUAUUAAUAAAAUUUGAAGCAAAUUAUUGCAGUGUAAAGGAUUGAGUAAUCACUGUUCUAUAAACUUAUGUUUCCCUUGAAAAAUUCCAGUGAAGACCUACAGUAAACAUGAAAUGUUGAUUUCUAAUUCAGCUGAUCUACUAAUAAAGAAUCAGGACAGAAUGCAUAAUGUAAACAAGCAAACAAUAUCGUAUGGCAAUUCAUUUCUGGCAAAACAACUUGCCCGAUCGGGCAACCAAGAAGGAACUUCUACUACCUUUUUACACACUAGUGCAAUUUUCUCCUUCUGAUGCAUGUGAACGGGCAGAGGAGUUACGAAUGUUCGGAGUACAUGUACCUUCAUCUGAACAUUCAUAACUUAUCCACUCGUUCACAUCCAUCAGAAGAAGAAAAUCGCACCUAAAAUCCCAGCAAAAAUUGCAAAGAGCUGUAAGUUACACCACUACUGUAAUUUAUAUUUUGCGUUGUAAGCGAGUUCAAGAGUGGUUAUCCCCCCUCCCCGCCCCCAUGCGUUAAUAUUUCCCCCAAAGUGGUUGACCAUGAUACAUACAUAUUUCGUUGCAGGCCUCUAUCCAAGGCCGUCACAGCGUUGUCCCUAAGACAGAAAUUGAUGUUCAACUUGGUGAUGUUGAAGUUGAGAUUGAUUUGACCAUAAUAGAUAGAUUACAUGGCGUACUGUAUCCUUCAUCGAACUCCGCUGACCAACCUAGACCAUCGUCACAGUAUUUCACGUCCGCACCCCUUCAUACUGAUGCAGUAAGUGCAGCAUAUCGUUAUAUUGAAAAUAUGAAAGCUGUACAUGUAGAUUAAUAGGGAUUCAACUACUCGAAAAAUACAAGUAGAACAUGGACAUGUAGAGCAAAGGCCCUUCGUCGGGAAAUGAGUAGCGGCGGUCGGGUAAAUUAAAUGAGCUUUUAUACCGGUGUAUAUAAAAGCGAUCACGUGACAAAAAAUCAGAUGCAUUUAGUCAAAACAAAGUGUAAAUAACCAUUAUAAUAGUGUCAAAGUCUAAUAGAAUAGUCGGGCAUCGGCCACUCUCCCAGGGGUGGAAAAAGUAUCGGAGCAUGCGAUCAUUGGUCCCAGAAAAUAUUUCCCCAAGAAAGAAUAAAAUGGAAAAUUGUCAGAGAAAAUUGUUGGAGGAAAAUUCAUGACCUCUGAAAUGCAAUUAUAAGUGCAUCCAUCUUAAUAGUUCGAUAGUGUAUAAAUGUAUUAGACUACAGAAUGAUGUAACAAAUGUUGUAUGGCAAAUGCAUUUUAGCCAAUCUGGGACACCUGACUUUCAGAUUAUGUUUUAGAUUUUCAGAAUCAAUAUGGCCCGAUCAUUUUGCCUCGUUCAUUUGAAUGAUUUCUCGCUCAUCUUUGCAAAAGCGAAACAUAAUCUCUUACAAAUCUGUUAAACUUGCACAGAAAAUUAUUACUUCUGUCAUCAGUUAUAUAUUCAAACUAAUAUUCAAGUUUCGUACUAUGUAAGUGAAAUAAUUACAGUGCGAUGUACUGUACAGCUUUUCUCUAUAAAUAAAUAGUGUCCUAUUAUGUUCGACCAAAACAGCAGAUUUGAAGUAAAAAUUUGAAAGCUCAAUAUUAAGUUAAUGGUAUAAAUUCAUUUCUAGAAUGAACAGGCGUUAUUCUCAAGAACAAUGAACGACGGCUCUUCUUGUGAACAGAAAGUACAAAUUCAUGUUGAAUGUUCUAGUCUUGCAGCAUCGUUGAGGUAAAGUCAAACUAUUCUCAGGGGUGUUCAGAGGGCUUUUUGUCCUUUAAAUAUUGGGGAGUAUUAUCAAAGACUAUAUAAAAGCUGGAUAAAUAAACCGGGGAUCCUAGUUAUUUGUAUAGGUAAUAGUAUGGUUUCUCGUGCAAUUUGGAAAAAAAAAUGCACGAGUGAGUUUUGAAGUCAAUGAAAUUUGCACUGUAUUUCAUUUUUUGACACUGUAUUUUGAAAAAAUUUGCACUGUUCUUAGCCAAUCAGAAUUGCGAAGUUUUUUCAUGUAUAUUUAAUAUUAGUCAAUCUAACAUCUGGUUAUUUAAAUCCUGGUCAAGUUAACUAUGAGUAUGGGGAGAAAAAGCUUAAAAUAACCAAAUAGGGUUAACCAGUAAAAUUGUAAUUAACGAGUCUUUUUAGAGUGUACAUAUUCUCGAAUGCAAAUUACAUUGGAUUGAUGAAUGUACUAAUUAAAAGAAUGUAUUCUGUAAUUUCUUAGAUUUCCUAUCCUGGAUUUGCGUUCACCAGACGUUCGUCCCAAUCGCCCACUUUGGGAGAAGAAUCUCCGUGAAGAGAUAUGUUUGAUGCGAUGUUCAGAUGUCACGUUUGAAACAUGUCUGCAAGACAGUGAGACAGCGACAACGUAUGAAUUGAGAUUUAAAACUUUAGAUGGUACGUUAAAUAAUUUCGCCAUUUCGUGGAAUAUAAAUAGGAACUUAAAGGAGAAUGGCAACAAAAAUUAUGUUUGCCUAAUUUGAAAGAAUGUUAAGAUUAUUUAAAAAUCCCUUUUACCAAUUCUCCCAAUCUAUCUUAGUUUUUGAGAUAUGUGAAACCAAAAUAUUCUCCCAUCCUCCAUCUUGUUUUGUAAUUAGAUCUAAUUAAGUUAUGUCACAACCAGGGCAGAAACUUUAAAAAUAAAAAAAAAUAUCAUCAGUGGAGAGAUUAUACAUAGCUUGUGAUUUAAUUUUAGGCAAUAGUAAAAAUAGGAUUUAUCAUUCAAAUGGACUGAGAAUUGCUCACGAUACAAAAUAGUGUCACCCUGGUUGUGACGUCACGUAUAUCCGAGGAUGGAUAUGCAUAUCCAAGAUGGCGCAUUGCAUAACGAUUUUGUUUAAAAUGAAGUGUAAUAUCUUUUAUGUAGAACGAUACAGAGAAUCUGUAAAAAGGUUUUGAACGAUAUUGAAUCAUUCUUCCAAAUGGGAGAAACUUAAUUUUUAUUGCUAUUUCCCUUUAAAUAAGAUCACAAGCGGCGUUUCAGCCAUCAUUUCGUUUGCGUAUAUACUCACUUUGAAACGUUACGAGAAUUAGUGUUCUAAAUUUAUGCCGCCAUGGUUUGGUUCGGGACUACCUGAUAAGAUGAAAAAGACUUCGGAAACCCUUAAAGGAUUAAAAAUUACAAAUUCAAGUCCUCUUUAUGGCCGCUGGAUACAGGUUUUUUUUUUAAAUGGAAAUUCACGAUUUCGAUGCGUAUUUUUGGACAAUUAUUACCUGUUGAAAAGCAAAAAGUAUCUUACUGAUGUAAAACAACAUCUAAAGGAUUUGAAUUUUUUCACAAAAAUUACGAAACAUCCGGCACCAAUCACGUUUCAAAAUGGCGGAUAUUUUGUAUUUAAAGUAAUUUGACUCGUAAACGACAUUUCACGGUCUGUGCGAAUUCUAAUACAACACGAAGUUACAAUUCAAAUUGAAUAAGUACUGUAAUAGUAAUGACAUUUCUCGUAUAGGUUACUGGAAAUUCAGUGCAAAAAGUGAAGAAGUUCAUUUUAUCCACGUGAGUCAACGACAUAGUGAUAACGAUGAUGAGGCAAAUGGCUUUGAUUUACCAAGGUUCGUUGUUAAUGAAUACAUUUUAAUAAUAUGUGACUUCUACGUUGUAGUCUGAAAAACCUAGUAGAGCGUUUUCAGAGGCGGAAUUUUUUUUUCUUUCUAGAAACCUUGGUUUAGGGCUCAAGAGUUUCUGCAAAAGAUUACAUUAUAUGCCGACAAAUAACAAAAUUGUUGUUUAUGACUGACUGACUGUCUUUCUUACCUUACAUGCAUGCAUGAAUUAUAUUCAUUAAGAUUUGUUGUCAUGUGAAGCAAGUCUUUAAGACUGAUAAGGCAUAACAUACAAGAUAAGUCCUGAAGUAGUCAUAGUAGUUACUACUGUAGGCUAUAUCAAUAUUUUCGUUACGAACUGCAUGUUCCAGUGUAGUUUAGGUAUUGAGUUAGUAGAUUUAUUAUUAGCAUGAAAAAAUUACUGGAUACUGAUUGGUUGAGAGGAGUACAAUUAUUUCAUUAAUUGUACUGCAGUACAAUUAAUGAUUUUCCCAAAACAAACAAAAUGGCGGAAAUGUAUUUUAACAAAAUACAAAUGUGAAAUGAAAUUGCCCUAGAGGAACUAGAUGAAAAUACGAACAAAAGCACCAAAUGUUGCUUUAACAAAAGAACUAAAAUGAAAAUACGAACAAAAGCACCAAAUUUUGGUUGAAAGUAUGGCAGGACUAGGCUUUGGUGAGAGAAUAUGAUGUUGACAUUGAGAAGUAUCCAAUUUUGUCAUGCUAGUAAUAAACAAGUAAUCAUGCAAUGUUGCUCGUACAAUUAGUGAUUAACAGGACUCGUGAUGUUCUCGUCCAAUUUUGGAAAAAUUUCCAAACAUCACUCGUACAUACUAUUAAUCCCAAAUUGUACUCGCCAUCGCAUGAUUGCCUAUAUUAAUUAGGUAUUUAAUAAUGAGUUAUCAUACAUCAAAAUAUGAAAAUUUCUGCAAAAAUGUGGAACGCAUAAAUUGUUCAUCCGCGUUUGACGUCAUUAUGAAAAAGGUCUAUAGGAGUUAUGGCAUGUCUUACAAUUCAUUUGUACUUCAUUUUAGGAUUGUGAUUUCUGUGCAGCCAGUGUCUGGUCCAAUGUUAGAAGAAGUAGCUUCAGGUGAAAGUUCUCCAGACAGCUUAUCUGAUACAUGUCCAAUGUUUAAACAAGAACCAUCGCCGUUUUCCUCAAAACCUGUCAUGUACGAUAAGGAAGAGGUAACUGUAUUCAAAUUACUUUAAUUUGCUUAUCGUAGUCAACGAUUUUUCGUAUUUAUUAUGUGCAUCACAAAAUGAUUGGUUAAGCAGUAUUGGUUAAGCAAUUAUUGGUUUGAAAAAGGUUCUCCUUUGCAGUACCACUGGACCAAUAACAGGUUCGCUCCUGUACUUUGAGGAUUUUUCUCAAUUUCCUUCGCUGUUUUUCAUACCAAACCCUAUCAGGCUUUUUGUGUUGUACACGGGUGUCAUACUGUCAUGAAUUCCUUACCUUACCCUGUGUACGACAUUUGAUAAGUAAUAAUAACGAAAAUAAUUAUAAUUCGCCCAUUUUCAGUUGGUGGUACCAGGUGACCCUCAAGAGAUGAAAGAUUUCCAGGAAAAGACAUCAGCGUUCUCUAAACUACAUAUCGAGUUAAACUUUCCUGAAAUAGAUGCCAAUUUUCAGGACCCAACCUUUUUUGAAUUGAUUUAUAACAGGU